AGUCGACACCCUUCAAUGGUUUGGGAAGUACACAAGGCGCUUAUCAACUUGCUGGUUGUCUUCUGCAAUCUCAACCACAUUCAAGGCUGUUCACUUGUGUGCUUGAAUGGAGGAUCAAUUGUUGGUUUGUGUGACGGCUGCAAGUGUGCUCCUCAAUGGUCAGGAUACGACUGCUCAGAACCAUGUGGUGGUAAUAUUUCUUCUGCUACUGGUCAUAUAACCUCACCAGGAUUCCCAAUGAAUUACAAGAAUAACGAUAUCUGUCACUGGAUUGUUCAUGUGCCAUCUACAUCUACUGUCGUUCUCUCAUUUAUAUUCUUCGACACGGAAAAAUUUUCUGACCAUCUCCGCGUGUACAAAGGAGAAACGACAGACUCUGACCUGGUUGGCGACUACCACGGAUAUGGAAUUCCGUACGAAAAAAUUAUGGAAAGAUCGUUUCUAGUAGUGUUCACAUCCGAUGGCUCAGUCAAUCGUCGAGGAUUUUAUCUUUAUUGGAAUACAUAUCAAGGCUAUAUUCCUAAAUUCCUGAAUGCUGCCAAUGGUGACCACAUUCACACUAUUGUUGUUAAAGGAGACAAGGUCAGUCUAAAGUGUGAUGCUGUCGGAAUGCCAGAACCAAAAGUUGUUUGGAAAAAGCACGGUUUUCGCGUUGCUGGAAACGAUAAGUCUUUUGUAGAGCUAAGUGGUAAUGAGCUCAUUUUCCUUCAUGUUAACGAAACGGAUACAGGCUGGUACACGUGCGAAGCAGGAAACUACUUGGGUAAAAUACAGAGGAGCUACCAAUUAACAGUUCAUGUUUUUCCAGUUUUAAUUCAAAACCCUGAUAGUAUUCAUUUUGAACCAUUUGUUGAGCAUACUCAACAAGCGGCAUUUUGGUGCCAUGUAUAUGGCAUUCCUAAGCCUGAUGUCAACUGGAGAAAGAAUGGAGUACCAAUAGAAAACACAAGCACUUACUUUAGAAAAGGAAGUCAAUGGCUAAUAAUUCGUUAUGUGAAUCUUGCUGAUUUGGGAAAUUACUCUUGCUAUGUUAACAACUCAUUGGGGCAUGUCGAGUCAGAUCUAGCCACGUUGUCGGCAUCGAACGCUACUGGUGAGAGUUAA